CUCCGUCACCAUCCCUCUAUCCACCCAUCAUCGACAAAAUAAGCUAUAUCAUCUGCAUACCCUAAUGGAAAAUAAACCUAAACACCGCGACUCGGACUAUUCUAUCGUUGAGGAGACUGGAAUGAAGCUGGGUAAAGCUCCAACCGCACUACGUGUACCUGGAAUCAGCGACGAAGCCCUUCGCGAGACUGAGCGUCUGUGUGCCCGCGACUACCUCGAGCACCACGUCUUCUUCAACCACAUACAAUUCCACAACCACUGCAUAUACCACCUCCUGGCAUCUCUGUCUCUGGGUGCUACCCAGAAGCGACUGCGGGAGAUAUAUGACCUGAAUAUCACUCUACAGCGUCCCUUGCUCGAACCAGUCCCUGGAGUGACAAUAACCAAGGCCAAUAUGCACGAGUAUCUGGGAAAGGAAGAGUUCUACCCAAACUACAUUGAAUUCUUCCGAUGCGAAAUCGGAGCAGAAGGCGGCGACUGGAGGUCCGUGCUGGUGCGCUACAUGUUUGACAAUGAGAUCUACCCACUAGUGUUCAGCGGCCUGAUCCACCCCCUGAUCCAUAUCGGCCUCAGUAUCGAGUUCGAGAGCGCGCUACUCAUCGCUAUGAGUCUAGCACAGGCGUGCAUUCAUUCGCCUAUGUUCAGGACCACAUUCUCAGCAGACGUAAUCGAAACGACCAUCGAUGACCAGCCACUGAUGAAGAUUCUCGAGAAUAUCCGGGGCGAUGUGCGCGUGAACGACAUCCCUUACCUUCCCAUGUUGGUGGAGGAUGUGCCUGUAUGUGAGCAAGUCGCGCUCGAUUAUCUGCAGCAAUGGAAGGUGUCGCCGACUGAAGAGUGCAUUGCGCUAAAAUACCGCGAACUGCAGUGCGUGAUUGCGCUUUUAUAUGGCGCAACGACCCCACACGGCUACAGAAACCAGUACGAGUUCUCGCUAAUGCAUCUGCUAACGUCCUCCUAUUUUGUGACAAUGGUCCUCGGUGUUCUUACGGUCGAGCAGCAGGUUAGAGUGCUGCGCAGCUAUGUGUUUGUCGUUUUGCGGUAUUACGCGAUUGGGCAUUGCCCGCAGUUCUAUCGUAUCGACGAAGUCGCAGCGGACGAUAUCUCAUUUGCCACUGGCGAUGAAUACUGCAGCGACAAGCAGUGGAAAAUGGUGUUUGCGAAGGCUAUUCAGAACGACGAUAUGCAUAUUGCCAAGGCUGUGCAUGCUCUCUGGUAUGGUAGCAUUCUCAACCACAAUGCUCCACCAGCACCUGCCGACUACCAAAUGCCGCCGAGCAUCAACUGGCUUCUGCUGGCACAAAACACUGUUGAGUGUAUUGACAUGAGCUCCUAUGAGGACGAAGAUGAGCAAUUCAUGGCUGGCAAGCGGGGAUGGUCGCGCGGCAAGAUCGGGUUCAGCCAGCACUGGAAGCAAAGUGGAGAAAAACUGUAGGAACCACAUGUCACUUUAAACCCUCGUCAAGCCAUUUUCAAUCUUUGCCAUCAGUCACCUUCCAUUAUGUUGCAAUAUAAAGCUAGGCAAACCUACCUGAGACAUAAAUUCGGCAGCCAUGCCAUUGCAGGUGAUGAGAGGAGAUUAAAUCAGCAUAUCCUUGCUACGUGGCCGAUUGGCAGCACAGUUGCCUACACCAGCCAAAGCAAGUUUCUUUUGUG